AUGGGACCAUCAAGUCCUCUGUUGGCCCAUACCCAAGGGUCUCUCUCCAUGCUCCUUCCCAGACUGAUCUUUCUCUCCACAGGAAAAGGCAACAUGAAGGGGAAUCCAGAGGAGGACAUUCCCUUUGCCCUGUACCAGCACCAGACAUGCCAGAGUCACACAGAUGUGGGGGGUUCUUCCACCACCCCGUCCCUUUCUCCCAGCCUGGUCCAACAGCAGGGUCAAGUUGAUCAGGCUUACUGGCCCUUUAAGGAGUUUCUUGCUGGGACAGAUGCCUCAACUUCUCAUUGUGCUAACUGGAUGUACUCCACAAAACCAGCAUCUGCUUUGCCCACCCUGCUGGCCAGCCCAGCACACCUGGAUUUCUACACCUGCAACUUGAAGCCCAACCCCCUGGAUGCUGCCUUGGGAGGUCAGGCCCUGAUACCUCCUUUUCCCCAAGAGCACAAGACCUCAGAGUCAAAUCUGGCUUCUACCGAUGACCCCAAACUCACAGCCAAGCACCUUCUGGGCAAGAAGGCAAAGAGUGAAUCUUGGAGCGCCAGCCCUCCUGCUUCACAUCCCAGUCCAGCUCCCAUCCCCUUCAACAUGAAGUUCUCAUUAAAUCACCACCCUCUGUGCCCUUCCUACCCCCUUCUCUUGCCCAUUAAGCCCUCAUCCUCACCAAAGACAUGUUUCUUAGCCUAUGGUCCCCACUACUGUCCCCUUUUUCUCCCACCCCUGGCUACUCCCUACCCUGACUGGGCUGAUCAGCUGAUACACCCUGAUGGGCCAUAUUCCCUUGGUGCCCACUCCCCUUCACAGACCAUGAUUUCACCCUCUCCUGCUGGACCGUGGGCCCCAAGUGAGGCCAGCGAUGAGAGUCUUUCACCUUCCCAGUGCUGUUCUACAGGGUUGGACCCAGAGGCUGUUGCAGGCAAAGCUGGCAGAAUUCCCAGUUUGGACACCACAGCUCGGCCUUCUCUGCUGAAGAAAGAGAAUGGCAGAGUCUUGUACAAGUGCAAUAUUUGUGCCAAGAGUUUCAGGCAGCUCUCCAACCUCAAGGUCCACUUCCGAGUCCAUAGUGGAGAACGGCCUUUUCAAUGUCCUCUUUGUCAGAAGAGUUUCACCCAGCUUGCCCACCUGCAGAAACACCAGCUGGUCCACUCAGGAGAUCGGCCUCACCAGUGCUUGGUUUGCCACAAGUGUUUCAGCAGCAGGAGCAGCCUCAAGACUCACCUGCGGCUGCACUCACUGUCCAAGCAACAAAAGCUGUGCUUGUGUCCUGGCCAUACUCCCCUGUUCCCAUGCUGCCUGCUGGCCCCAUGCCUGGGAGGGUGCCAAGAAACUGGAGAAGCUGGCAUUGCUGUGGCCAGUGCACCCUGA